GAUCUGUUGGAAACAACACUGGAAAGAGUACCGCUGCUACGUCUGCGGCACAAUUUGGUGGAUCGGCCAUGGAAUGAUGAAGGAGUGGAGUGGUAUCGCCGAAUUAUGACUUCACUUGGCGACAAAGUGGUCGGUGAAAAGCUGCAGCAAAGGUCCUAUACAUCUGUCUUUUCUCCUUAUAUAUUUUUAGUGACGGCUAUUUGUUUUUGA